GCAGCGACGGCGGCGGCGGUAGCAGCCUGCGCGGUGCCUUCUGGGAACGGAAUCCCCAGGGCUGCCCCUGGCCCCCAUGGCGCAUGCGCGGGAGGCCGCUCGGUGAUCCGCGGCGGCGGCAGCGGCGCUUCCUGCUAGGACCGGCCGGGGCCGUACCGGAGGCUCGGGCUCCACCGACCCUCCUCCCACUCCCUCCCACUCACCCUCUGGGCCGCGACUGCGCAGGGCGGGGCCGGCCGAACCAUGGGCCGCGGUGUGGGCUAAGCCGGCGGCCCCGGCUUUAGACUGGACCCCACAAUGUUUGCAGAGAUGUUCAGGUACCCAGCCCAGUUUAAUCCUCCUAAUGCCACAUGGAUGUCUGUGUUAUCAGGCACGUGGGAGCUGAUUACACACAAUGAAUGGGGGCAAUGAGAGCAGUGGAGCAGACAGAGCUGGGGGCCCUGUGGCCACAUCUGUCCCCAUCGGCUGGCAGCGCUGUGUUCGAGAGGGUGCUGUGCUCUAUAUCAGCCCAAGUGGCACAGAGCUGUCUUCCUUGGAGCAAACCCGGAGCUACCUCCUCAGCGAUGGGACCUGCAAGUGCGGUCUGGAGUGUCCACUCAAUGUCCCCAAGGUUUUCAACUUUGACCCUUUGGCCCCGGUGACCCCGGGUGGGGCUGGGGUGGGGCCAGCAUCAGAGGAGGACAUGACCAAGCUGUGCAACCACCGGCGGAAAGCCGUUGCCAUGGCAACUCUGUACCGCAGCAUGGAGACCACCUGCUCACACUCUUCUGGAGAGGGAGCGAGCCCCCAAAUGUUCCACACUGUGUCCCCAGGGCCUCCCUCUGCCCGCCCUCCCUGUCGAGUUCCUCCUACAACUCCGCUUAAUGGGGCUCCUGGCUCCCUUCCCCCAGAACCGCCUUCAGUUCCACAGGCUUUCCCCCCUCUAGCAGGCCCUGGGGGGCUCUUCCCACAGCCAAGGCUUCCUGACCCAGUCCCCUCCGGAGGCAGCAGCAGCCCUUGUUUCCUGCCAAGGGGCAAUGCCCCCUCUCCAGCUCCACCUCCUCCACCUGCUAUCAGCCUCAAUGCCCCCUCAUAUAGCUGGGGAGCUGCUCUCCGAUCCAGCCUGGUGCCCCCUGACUUGGGCUCUCCGCCAGCCCCCCAUGCCUCCUCCUCACCACCUUCUGAUCCUCCUCUCUUCCACUGUAGUGAUGCCUUAACACCCCCUCCCCUGCCCCCAAGCAAUAAUCUCCCUGGUCCCCCUGGCCCCCCUGGUCCUGCCACUCAGCCACCAGUGUCUUCAGCCACUAUGCACCUGCCCCUGGUCCUGGGGCCCCUAGGAGGGGCCCCCACGGUGGAGGGGCCCAGGGCACCCCCCUUCCUUGCUAGCAGCCUACUCUCUGCAGCGGCCAAGGCACAGCACCCCCCUCUCCCCCCUCCCAGCACUUUACAGGGCCGAAGGCCCCGUGCCCAGGCGCCCUCAGCUUCCCACUCCUCAUCAUCGCCCCGUCCCUCUCAGCGUCGCCCCCGCCGCCCCCCAACUGUACUUCGAUUGCUAGAAGGGGGAGGCCCUCAAGCCCCUAGACGGAGCCGCCCUCGGGCCCCUGCUCCCGCCCCACCACCUUUUCCUCUUCCUGAGCCCUCCCAACCGAUUCUCCCUUCUGUGCUGUCCCUGCUGGGACUCCCCACCCCUGGCCCUCCCCACUCUGAUGGAAGCUUUAACCUUUUGGGGUCAGAUGCACACCUUCCUCCUCCCCCAACCCUCUCCUCAGGGAGCCCUCCCCAGCCCAGGCACCCCAUCCCGCCCUCCCUGCCUGGGACCACCAGUGGCAGCCUCAGCAGCGUGCCAGGUGCCCCUGCCCCACCAGCUGCCUCCAAAGCCCCCUUAGUCCCUAGCCCUGUGCUUCAAAGCCCAUCCGAAGCGCUCGGGAUGGGGUCGGGCCCAGCCUGCCCUCUGCCUCCCCUGGCUGGUGGGGAGGCUUUCCCGUUCCCCAGCCCCGAGCAGGGCCUGGCGCUGAGUGGAGCCGGCUUCCCGGGGAUGCUAGGGACCUUGCCUCUCCCUCUGAGUCUGGGGCAACCUCCGCCUUCUCCAUUGCUCAGUCACAGUUUAUUUGGCGUGCUGGCUGGGGGAGGGGGACAACCUCCCCCUGAGCCCCUGCUACCCCCACCAGGGGGACCUGGCCCUCCCCUAGCCCCAGGCGAGCCCGAAGGGCCUUCGCUUUUGGUGGCUUCCCUGCUUCCACCACCCCCCUCAGACCUUCUUCCACCCCCUUCCGCACCCCCUAGCAACCUCCUUGCCUCCUUCCUGCCCCUGUUGGCCCUGGGCCCCACAGCUGGGGAUGGAGAGGGAUCUGCAGAGGGAGCCGGGGGUCCGAGUGGGGAGACAUUUUCAGGUUUGGGAGACCUGCCCCCCUUGCUGUUCCCCCCCCUUUCAGCCCCCCCCACCCUCAUAGCUUUAAAUUCUGCGCUGCUGGCUGCCAGCCUGGAUCCCCCGUCGGGGGCGCCCCCCCAGCCCUGUGUCCUGAGUGCCCCCCAACCUGGACCACCUACCUCCAGUGUCACCACGGCAACUACUGACCCGGGGGCCUCCUCUCUGGGCAAGGCCCCCUCCAACUCAGGGAGACCCCCCCAACUCCUUAGCCCUCUGCUGAGUGCCAGCCUGCUGGGUGACCUGUCUUCGCUGACCAGCAGCCCUGGAACCCUCCCCAGUCUGCUGCAGCCUCCUGGCCCUCUUCUCUCUGGCCAGUUGGGGCUGCAGCUCCUCCCUGUGGGGGGAGCUCCUCCACCCCUCUCAGAGGCUUCUAGUCCCCUAGCCUGCCUGCUACAGAGUCUCCAGAUCCCUCCAGAGCAGCCAGAAGCCCCCUGUCUGCCCCCCGAGAGCCCCACCUCGGCCCUUGAACCGGAGCCUGCCCGGCCUCCCCUCAGUGCCUUAGCCCCACCCCACGGUUCUCCCGACCCCCCAGUCCCUGAGCUGCUCACUGGGAGGGGGUCAGGGAAACGGGGCCGGAGGGGAGGAGGGGGACUUAGGGGCAUUAAUGGUGAGGCCAGGCCAGGCCGGGGCCGAAAGCCUGGCAGCCGGCGGGAGCCUGGCCGACUGGCCCUCAAGUGGGGGGCACGUGGUGGCUUCAAUGGACAAAUGGAACGGUCCCCAAGAAGGACCCACCACUGGCAGCAUAAUGGGGAGCUGGCUGAAGGGGGUGCUGAGCCCAAGGAUCCAUCCCCUUCUGGGCCCCAUUCUGAGGACCUUAAGGUGCCCCCAGGGGUAGUCAGAAAGUCUCGUCGUGGCCGGAGGAGAAAAUACAACCCUACCCGGAACAGCAACAGCUCCCGCCAAGACGUUACCUUGGACCCCAGCCCCACAACCCGCGCGGCUGUCCCUCUGCCUCCCCGGGCCCGCCCUGGCCGUCCUGCCAAAAACAAGAGGAGGAAACUGGCCCCAUAGCAGCCAUACCUGGAGCUGGAUCUGACCCUGACUGGGGAGAGCUGAGUGCUGAGCCUUGGGAGCCCCUGCCAGCCACGUGCACCUGUGGACAGUGGGUGGGGGCACUACUCCCCACUCAGAGCACAAAUGCAACCCCUUCCCCACAAUCCCAUCCUGAGCCAUUGCAGGGGGUAGGGAGGUCACCCCCUCCCCCCCAAAGCCAUGUCACUGAAAAGGCCUGGGGGGGGGUAUAUGGCCCUCUCCCCACCAGGCUAAGGGGAACACCCCUUUCCCCAGGUCUUUUAUUUGUUUAAGUUAUUUUUGCACAAAUGACUCUUUUAUAUUUAAUUCGACUUCAUUGCCUCCCUUCUCGAAGCCAGCAGGCUCAGUUUACAAACCUGUGAGCUACUGUUGGCUGCUGCCCUCCUUCCCAGUGAAAGGUACAAAGCAAUAAGCAUCAUGCACCCUCCCCUCACCCCUACAACACCCCUCUGCCUCUGGCUCAGGUUGCUCAAAGCACAGAUCCCUUCUUACCCCUGUCCCCAGGUUUGAAACACAUAGCCUCAUUUCAAGGUGUAGCCAGCUUCCCUCUACUUUCCUCUGGGAUAUAAAAAGGGGGUAAGGGGGCAAAGAGAGCCAUCUGGGUCUCUCCUCCCAUACACACUACACUGCCCCUUCUCCCCCCAUCAAAACGCUCAGAGACGUUGUGAUGAUGCGACUGAGGAUUAUGCAACGUGGUCCAACCGGAGCGGCCAGCAUGACCAGCUGUCCAGGGGCUGCCUCCUGCCUUUUCUUUUGUAAAGACAAGACCUUUGGGAGUUUUAAUUCUGUUUUGUACUUGCCCUUUGGGGCCUCCACUGCUUUUCUAUGGGAGACACUCUUAAUUUAACAGAUGAGAAUAUUUUGAAACUCUG